GGCCGGGAUACAUAAUCGACCACUGGCACGAGUCACGUGACGAGGCCGGCAAUCGAGUGGUGCGGCGCGCACGAGAGCGGGUGCGGGCCCCGACCAUGCCACCGAUGGCCACGAGUCUAACAGCCACGGGUGUCGUCUGGUCCUCCCUAUCGUUGGCCUCAGCUAUACUCAACUGCGCAGGAUUUUAUUUACCUUUAUGGAUUCGGGGGCAGUUACCGGACGGGACCGAAGUUACUUUCGGGUCGUUUCGAAGAUGCAACUACCCACGUUUCUCCGAAACCGGAAAGUUAGAUAUGGUUCACGAGUGCGGUAGAUACACCACUUUUGCCGAUAUACCCAGCUUAUCGUGGCAGAUUAGCACGAUCACCGUCGGUUUAGGGGCUUCGGUGUCGCUUCUCGUCACCUUUACUUCCUUGGCCGCUUGUUGUGUUUCUGACGUCAUCACCAAAUACACGGCUCGGGUUCUAGGAGUCGUUCAGCUGAUGGCCGCUUUGUUGAUGGGAGUCGGUUGCAGCAUUUAUCCGAACGGAUGGAGCAGUCCCGAAGUCAAAGAUGCCUGCGGAAAUCAAUCCGAUGCUUAUCGAUUAGGUACGUGCGAAGUUAAUUGGUCGAUUUACUUGAUGUCGACGGGAAUCGCCUUCCUACUCUUCUGUUCGGUUCUAUCGUUGAAGGCAUCUCGCAUUAAACCCAAUUCAUACAGGAUAUGACGUUUCGGAUAGAAGAGCAACAUCCCCGAGACAAAGGUGUGCCGUUAGUUUCUCUCUCUCCCGACAGAUGGCAUCUCCCGAAAGUCCACAUUGUUUGACACGUUUGGCGCAGAUCUUGUUGUAUUGUACAGAAUUUUAUCGAAAUUAUUCUUUUUAAAUUCAAUAAAUAAAAAAAUAUUGUUUUAUUUA